CCCUCGAUCUGUCAAAUUGAGCGAAAUCGCUUUCUUGAAAUCGUGUGCGUUUUCUUGGCAUUACUAAGCGGAAGUGUGAACGCUGUAAUAACUUUGAUGUCUCUUUUUAUUUGAGACUGUGAAAGAUGCCGGGCUUGUCGGAAAAGCCAAUCCUUAUCGAUGGCCGCGGCCACUUGUUGGGCCGUUUGGCCUCCGUCAUUGCCAAGCAGAUUCUGACCGGCCGUAGGGUGGUGGUCGUCCGCUGCGAGGAUCUACAGUUGUCGGGUCACUUCUUCCGGAACAAGAUCAAGUUCUUGGCCUACCUGCGCAAACGUUGCAACGUCAACCCGGCCCGCGGCCCAUUCCACUUCCGGGCCCCCAGCCGUAUGCUGUGGAAGGCCGUUCGCGGAAUGGUUCCCCACAAGACCAAGCGAGGCCACAACGCCUUGAAGCGACUGAGGGUGUUCGAGGGCAUCCCUUCGCCUUAUGACCGCAAGAAGCGCCUGUGUGUCCCUACGGCCAUGAGACAGCUCUGUUUGCGUCCUGACAGGAAGUUCUGUGAUGUCGGCCGAGUUGCCCACGAAGUUGGAUGGAAGUACCGUGACAUCGUCAGCAACUUGGAAGCCAAGCGAAAGAUCAAAUCCCGUUUGUCGUAUUUGCAUUCCAAGAAGUUGAAGAAACUGACAUGGAAGGCACGCGCCGCCGUUGCCGACAAGGUCCAGGAUCAGGACGCCGUUCUCAAGAAAUACGGUUACCUCACCUCCGAGUUUGAGAAGAAGUGGAGUCGGCCGGUUCUCAACGCUCAGCCAGCUAAGCCGGGAAAAAAGAAGCGUCAGGCCGCUGCCGGUAGCGCCUAAAAGCGUAUUCUGCGAUAUUUAAGGCAAAUAAUAAAUUUCAACAUCAAGAACAA